GAACGUACGUGCGCGCUUUUCAACCGGGUGCUUCUCAAAAGAACGUGAAUUCGGUCUGAUCGUCGAGAUCUUUUUGAAAUUACCUUCUUGCUGUACGAUCGUGUAAAAAAGUGUGCUAAAUAAAGCUUCUUUUCCCGCUAAAAGCCGGAUCGAACCGCAACUUGUACGCCAGGUGCUAUUGCUUCGCCAGCGGGCCUAACGACACAACAAGCGGAACAGCGCGAAUUCCACAUUCCACCGGUGCAAAAUGGCUCUUAACUGCGGACAUUCGACGUUAAAGUACCUGCUUUUCAUCUUCAAUCUGCUGUGCCUGUUGUGCGGCAUAGCGUUGAUUGUGGCCGGUGCUAUUUCGCUGGUAAAACUCGAUGAGCUGCGUGAUAUCAGCGAUGAGUACAACAUCGUCGCUCCGUCCAUCCUGCUGAUCGUGUUCGGUUCGAUCGUGUUCGUCAUCUCGUUCUUCGGUUGCUGUGGAGCCAUCCGCGAAUCGUACUGCAUGACCUCGACCUACAGCUUCUUCCUGAUCCUGCUCGUGAUCGCUCAGAUUGUGAUUGCCAUCCUGGUGUUCGUCUUCGUCGGUGACGUAACCAUCGCCAUCAAGAAGGGCUUCGAGCGCGUAUUUGAGAACCGCGACAACCCGGUCAACUCGGACCUGAUCAACACGAUCCAGCAGAACCUGGAAUGUUGCGGCAAGAGUAGCUUCCUGGACUAUGGCGUCAACUUCCCGCAAUCGUGCUGCAGCAGCGGUGGAACUGCCCCACUGUGCGUGCCAUUUGCUCGAGGAUGCGUGGGUCGUCUGUCCGAAUUCCUGGACAAUGCCGGUAACGUCGUCGCCUGGGUGUCGCUCGGUGUCGCCGCUGUCGAGCUCUUCAGUCUCAUCUCGGCCUGCUGCCUGGCCAACGCCAUCCGCAACCAGGAGAGAAGGUCUGGUUACUAAAGUUUUCACCGAAAGAGCGCGUUUUUCCCCACGACCUACAUCCAUCCUUGUACCCAAAGAGAGAAACGAAACAGAGAGACCAAAACAGAGAGUACAGACGACACGCGUCCCAAGACACAUGCCAGCUCCUUCCUCUUUCUCUCUCUCUCUCUCUGAGCUACAACCAAAACGAUAACAGCUGAAAAAAAAAACAUGUCCCACUAACAUGUCUAUUCGAACUGAUAAAAAUCAUCUAACAUCGAAACGAAAACAAAACCGCAACCAACAAUCCUUCCAAAGCAAUCACCAUCAUCCACACUCCAUUGGCGUUUGGCGCGGAUCCUCUUUCAUGUCUUGUUGCGUCCGAUCAUGGCAUGGCAUAAGCAAGUGCAACGCUGGUUCUAAUGCAUAUACUUUUAUGUUUUUGUUUCUCGUUGUGUUGUCCCUUCCUUCCGAACAGAUACAGCUAAGAAGUUACUGCACUACUAUCACUCUUUUUUGUAGUUGGUGGGUGUCGUCGUCCGUUUCAAAUGUUGCAGAUGCUAGGAGGAAAGCGGAGAGAAAGAGGAGGAUGAGCAUAUAAGUACUGCUUUUGUUUUGUUGGAAACAUUCGUUAAGAGACUAUAUACUGGAAUAAGAAGAUACUGGAGUAUAUUGAUGGUUUGCUUUUGUGGUUUCGUACACCGCUUGUGGGGAACGACCAUGUUCCACGCUACAUCAUCAUUAGCAUUGAUCAUGAUCAAAUCCAAUAAGUUGUACUGUGAGAAUGAAAGCAAAAGGACACCAUGCACACACCCCGCUGACGAAACACACCAGGAACGCGACGACCCACGUGUGUGAUAAAGAACAAAACGUCCUAUUCUGACAGCACAAUAAUGAUUCGUAACAGAGCCGUUUAGAGAACCAUGCCCUCACAAGUGCCAGCCUGAUCAAAACCAUCGACCAGAUCUCGUCGACAGCACCGAAAUCAUCGGAACUACUUCUGGUUGAUCGACACCAUCGGAGCAGUACGCCACCGACACCUCACUGCUAAGCCACCUGCUCCAACACCCCGUCGUGCGUCUAUUGCUUAUGUCCUACCGUGUGUGUUUGUGUGCGUCUGUUUUCUUCUAUUUUAUGUUUGCGCAAAAAAGGGCUUCUUUGUCGCUAUUUAUACAAACUAAAUGUAAACGUAUAUUAAUCCAUCGUUUGGCUUCGAUGGCCCCUCCUUUUUUCAUGGGUGUCGUCACUCCACCCCCGCUCCCUCUUUUUCCACUGGCGGGUAAAGGCAAGCUUUGCAGGAAGGAAGAAGUAUCGAAUUGCUGGGCAACAUUCUCGUUUAGUUUCUUACUCGCUGCUAACUUCUUCUUUCCGAUCUUCGAAUAUUUCCGAGUGUGUCGUGCGUGCGGACAUGUCUCUUGAAACUGAACACUCGACACGUGUAGCAUUUAAGAAACAAAUAUUCUCUUGGACUAUAAUCAUACACGAAUCGGAGCAGAACACAGUUACAAUUGCGGUUGUUUUUUUGAUACAUAUAUUUCCCCUCAAUUAUUUUACAAAAGACACACGAAGCGUGUGCAUGCAAAUUCAUACAUUUAUAUACAUGUAAAGUUGAAUCAAAACCAGUAAUAUUUCAAUACUAUCUAUUUUAAAAUCGAAUUCACUUUAGUUUUUGUAACAAGCAUUGCACUACAAAACAACACCACAUACUUUUGGCAAAGUAUUUUUGCGAUCCACGUGAUCGCUGUUGAAUUUGACCAAGAAUAAUGCAGUUAUUAAAUAUAUACAUAUUAU